AGAGAGUCAGAAAGCUCAUUUAUUCUUUCGCGUGUGUGUGUGGUCCUUGAAUUAGCAACAAAAGCCUCAAGAUUUUUUGCACCCAGAGCAACGUAUAAUGCCAGUUAUACAGGACUUAUUAUGUCAUUUAAUGGUUGCUACCUGAGUCCUAUUUCUCUUUUCAUGAUGGAUCAUGUUAUCUUAGGAAAAAUUCCUUCCUGAGUUCACCUGGUCAUCAAAGCUUACAAAGUAGAUAUCCCAGGCAGGGUCAGGACGUCUGCUAGGCCAGGCUAAUUGGGCUAGGAACUGGUCAAAUUGUCAUUACAGUAUACAAAACACAUAGCACUGGCAGAAGUUUAGAUUUGUCACGUCUGGUCUGCACUUUUCUUGGACUAACUGGACCAGGAGCUUUAUUAAACCAUGUUGUAAACUUUCCAUUUUCUUAGUUUUACAUCUUUAUCAGCAGUUACACAUGGUGAGUGGAAAGCAUCAGAGCUUCAAGAUACCAUAGAGCAAUAUAGCAUCACUGAGUAGUAAAACAUCACAGGCUUGCAAGAGGAAAUUUGAAACGGCCUAAGCUUAGAAGGACAUGGUAUAAUAAUACAGUUUGGUUAUAAGAAUAUUAUUUCUUAUCAACUGCACACAUUAAGUUGGGAGCCAGGAUGCUUGGAAAGCAGUAAUGUCUUUGUAGUUCCUGCCACCCACUUCAACAUACCAGUAACACUGUGGACAUUCAGUGAGUAAAAGCUUGCUAAAUUGACAAAAAUAAAUGUGUGUUUUCUAUCCAGUGCUUGACAACCAGAGGCCCUCAAUAAAUAUUGAGUUCAAAGGAAAGUUUGAUUUCUCCAGUACGUUGUGUCACUCCUGGGCAGAGACCAGCAUUUAACAGGGCCCUGAUGAAAGAAGACGAAAUCAGGGGAGUCCUGUUCUCAGGAAGUUCAUAUUUCAGUAUAAAAAGCUAAGACAGGGGGUGGAGAGAUAGUUUAGCAGUUAAGAGCACUUCCUGAUCUUGCAGAGGGUGUGAGUUCGGUUCCCUGCCUCCUAGUCCAGCGGUUAAUAACUUCCUGUAACUCCAACUCCACGAGAUCCUAGUCCCUCUUCUGGCUUUGGCUAGUUACCUGUACUCCGUGCACAACCCCCUACCCAAACGUAAUUUAAAAAAUAAAAUCCUAAAAAAAAAGAAAUCCAAGGCAGCAAGUCUUUCAAUUAAAAAUCUCCGCAGCGUCAGUCUGGGCAAAGGUGAGAAACUUGGUGAGGUGAGAGUAGAUUUCUGAGUCCGGGUCAGUGUAGACUUCUUGAGCUUUUCAUUGGCUCACGCUCAACCGAUCCCAGACAGCUGCAGGAAGAAGCCUCAGUCAGCCAAUCAGAGUGAGGGGGCGGGAGCUGCCGGAAGCGCUGACGUCAAUUAGAGUCACGCGAAAAAUGUCCCCGCCCUACCUGUGGCAUUCCCGGCCGGGCUUAUGGUGGGGCUGGCCGGAGGCCGGACCCCGGCGCGCGGAGGCCUCGGGUGGCUGGCCGGUAGCGGCCAUGGAGAGCGAGCAGCCUGAUAGCUUGGAGGGCUGGGUGCCGCUGCGUGAGGACCUCUUCUCGGAGCCCGAGCGGCACCAGCUGCGCUUCCUGGUGGCUUGGAACGCCGGAGAGGGCCAGUUCGCGGUGACCUGUCACGACCGCACGGCGCAGAAGCGGCGAGGGCGGCGGGAGGGCAGCGGCCGGGGGCUGGGAGCUGCGCGGGAGUCGGGGUCCAGCUGGGCCGGCCUGUUGUCGGUCGCUGCACUCCGCGGCGCGCACCGGCAGCUGGCGGCGCUGUGGCCGCCCCUGGAGCGCUGCUUCCCGCCGCUGCCACCAGAGCUGGACGUGGCGGGCUGUGCGGCCUGGGGCCUGGGGCGCGGGCUGUGGGCGCUCGUGUGGCCGGCGAGGGCGGGCCCUGGCGACGCGGCGCUGCAGGAGCUGUGCCGGGAGCUCGAGCGCUACCUGGGCCAGGCGGCCGACGGCUGCGGAGGCGCCACCGUGCGCGACGCGCUCUUCCCGGCCCAGGACGACGCGGCCGACUGCGAGGGCCUGCGCGAGUUCCGCGAGAGGACGCUGCGCGCGCGUCUGGACGGGGCAGCAGCACGGCUGCGCUUGGUUCUUCAGGGUCAUGAAAAAGCCAACACCAUGGUAGCAUUAAUGAAAGUUUAUCAGGAAGAAGAUGAAGUGUAUCAGGAACUAGUUACCAUGGCAACUAUGUUCUUCCAGUACUUAUUGCAACCAUUCAGGGAUAUGCGAGAAGUUGCAACUUCAUGUAAGCUUGAUAUUUUGAAGUCCCUGGAUGAGGAUGACUUGGGUCCUAAAAGGGUGGUUGCCCUACAGAAGGAAGCCAGUGAAUGGAGCAGACGGGCUGAAGAAGCAGUCAUUUCUAUUCAAGAGAUCACUGUGAAUUAUUUUAAGGAAACAGUAACAGCAUUAGCAGGAAUGCAGAAGCAAAUGGAACAGGAUCAGAAGAGAUUCGGUCAGGCGGCCUGGGCCACAGCCAUGCCCAGGCUAGAAGAGCUCAAACUCAUGUUAGCUCAGGAGACCCUGCAACAUAUGAGAGCCAAAGAGCUGUGUUUAAACCACAAGAGAGCUGAAAUCCAAAGGAAGGUGGAAGAUCUUCCAGAACAAGAAAAGAAUAUAGAUGUUGUAGAUGAGCUAGAAAUACAGUAUUAUGAAAUUCAGUUGGAGUUGUAUGAGGUGAAAUUUGAGAUAUUAAAAAAUGAAGAGACACUUCUUGUUACCCAGUUGGACUCUAUUAAAAGACUUAUCAAAGAGAAACAGGAUGAAGUGGUCUAUUAUGACCCGUGUGAGAGUCCUGAGGAACUGGCAGUCAUGGCCCAUGGUGUGGAGCUGCACAGUGGUGAGAACAGGGAGGUGAGGGCGCUCAACCGGCAGCGCCAGCAGCUGGAGGCUCAGCGGGGCCGUAUCUGUGCCAGGAGGGCCUACCUCAGGAACAGAAAGGAUCACUGCAAAGAAAAUCAUCGACUCAGAUUGAAACAGGCUAAAGAAAGUAUCAGAUAUUUUCAUCAACAUCAUACUAUCCAGAUGAAAAGAGACAAAAUUAAAGAAGAGGAGCAAAAGAAAAAAGAAUGGGUAGACCAAGAACGCCAAAAAACACUCCAGAGAUUGAGAACAUAUAAAGAGAAACGCACAGCACCAUCUGCACUGAAAACAACUUACUCAGAACGAGUGGCUCCAGAUCUAUCUAGGGGAUGCUCCCAGAAGAGGUCCUCAACAGCCUCUCAGCUAGUGACAGUAGCUUAUCCUGCCUCCAGAAGCGGAAGUAUUCCUCCCUCACCUGAAGUUAGUGAUGUGAAAGCCCCUGAGCGUCAAGACCACCACAGGGACAUUCCUGUCCAGGUUUUUGUUCCAGUUGGUGACCAGACCCUUUCUGGAUCCAGUGAGGAACUGUCACCACCACAAGCUCCUCCUCUUCCUCCCUCUCCCCCACCACCCCCUCUCCCCACUGUGUCCUCAUCUUCUCAAGUUGCCACUCAUCAGGAUUUAGGACUCAGGACUUUAGUGACAGAAGACCAGCCCCUCCCUCUAGUGUGUGAGGCACCUGCUGGAAGACCUCGUAAUUGCUUGGAGGAUUUUCACCGUCCAGCUUCAGGCUCUAUGGAUGAAGUGUUGGCCUCUCUACGGCAGGGCAGAACCCCUCUCCGGAAAGUAGAAGCUCCCACCUUACUCUCUCCCCACACCUCAGUCAAUGAACAACUUCUAGCUGCCAUCAGGCAGGGGGUCCGACUAAAGAAAGUCCACCCGGACUCAAGUGUGGACCCCAGCAAGAAGCCCAGCAGUGACCUGGAGAGGAGCAUCCGGGCAGCACUGGAAAGAAUCAAGAGAGUGUCUGCUGACUCAGAGGAGGACAAUGAUGAACAGAGCCCUGGCGAGUGGGACCGCUAAGGUCUUCUCCAGAUGACAAAAGCAGACAGAUCUAUAACAUCUGGAGCAUCAAGGCUUGCAUCAGACACUGGGCUUGGAUGUUGCAGCCUUAAAUCUGGGGAGGACAACAGAGGUGUGACCAUCAUACACCAACCCAUAGAUGGAUGGGUUGAAUGUGGAACCUGUAGUGCCUCUGGUCUGAAGAAGAGUACUUAGAACUCACCAUGCCUACCUGACUCAGGAAGGUUACAGCACUCUGAUAAACAGCACAUUAGACUACUGACCAUGUACUCCUGGGUGUAUGAAUAGUGGCUCCUCAGAUUUAAAGGCUCAAAUGUGAACAUUAUUUUAACAGUAAUCAGAAUAAAUUGCUUAUAUUCCAGAAUUAUUUUAAAUAUUUAAAUUUAUAUUAUCAAGCACUCUAUAAAAUCAAUAAACUACUAUUUAUGAUGCAUCUAUGUUGUAGGGAAAUGGAAGCAGGGUCUGCCUGGGUGUUUCCUAAGGUUUUAGAUGAGUGUUUAGUUGAGCAAGUACUAAGGGCACAAGAACAGUGUUGCUGACUUCAUGAACUGGUCUUACACCAGGGUCUUCUCUCCUUUGUGUACAGUUAGGAAAGAGGAGGAUACCAAUACAAAGAAGCCUAUUCAUUGCUCAGACUGCCCAGGUGUUCCUAUAACCUCAUUACCCUAACUCUUGGGUCAUCAAUCCUAGGUUUCUAUCAAACAAAAUGAACCUGAUUUCCUUGUUUCCAAAGGAAAGUCCUAUUGUAGACCACAAAGUUGCCCACUUCCAGUUUCUUCUUGACUCAGUCUGGCCUAUACCAACCUGGCAUUGCUGGGAGGAAUUUUGAGUCCUUCAGCUGCUGUGCCUGGACCUGCCUCCAUGGCCUGACUGGAGAUCCUGCAGUAUGGCCACUGUUGGGCUGCACAUGGGGCCUACCACCUGUCCCACGUCCCCAGAGCUCAGACUGCCUGAAGGCAGCUCUUUCCCAGCCUGGCCUUGACCUCACUGAUGUGUGGCAAGUCAGCACUGGGGCACACUGGCCCUGUGCUCACGGUUCCCUCACGGGUGCCCAAAGGUGUUCAGUUGGGGGCUGGGGAGACGUGCCCUGCAGGCUGCUUGCUGGGCUUCAGUUCCAUACCUCUAAGGCAGCUCAAGUGUCUUCGCCUCAGGCCUCCUUCACUACUGGAGGCAGCAAAUUAUUCCUCUGAAAAUAAUUUGAUAUUUGAAAAAUGGCAAAAUCAACUUUGUGGGACUUCAGCUUAUUUUUAGUUUGGCAUUGUUUUUGCUUUCACUCUGCAUUGUAGUUUCGGUAUUGUAAGAGUCCAGGGAGCAUAUUCAGGUUCAGAUAAUUCUCAGAGUUUGCUUUUGAGGGGCUGCCUUUGAAAAAGCGACUUAAAAAUUGUUCUCAAAGUUCUUUGUUGAUUAUCUUGGUGCAGUGGAGAGGUGAGGGCAGAAAGAUCAUGAGUCUGAGGUCAGCCUAGGCUACAGUGUGAGACCCUGUCUCAAGAAAAUAAAGUUCCUGGUCCAGUUAUGUCUGUAGCGUUACAAAACUUCUCUAGAACUUUCAUUUAGCCCUUGCCUGCCUUCUUUCAGGUAAGUCCUGAUGUAAAUCCAUACUCUGGCUUCUGAGAUUCAGAGCCAUGGAGAGGAAACUCCUAUUGUUUGACUCCAAACCUUCCAAUCCACUCUCCAAAGUGCUGCUAAUCAACCCUUUGCCUUCCUGCCUUUCCAACCUACUCAGGGUAAGGGCUAGCCCUGCUGCCUGGUACACAAGUCCUCAGAGGCCUGGCUGCUGUUCCUUGGGCAGCACCCUUCCCCACUGCAGAUCUUAAUCUAGUGCCCCCCCAGAUAACCCUUCUCUGAAGCCUAAGUACCUGGAAUUUGCACCCCUCUUCUUCCUUGUCCUGACAAACUCAAAUGCAUUCUUCAGUCUCAAUCUCAUAUCUUUCUCCUCUGAUGUCUUCCUGACCCCUUUUCCCUCACAUGACCACUGAGCCUUGUUUCUGGUAUCAGUGUUGCUACCUGUCUUGUCCACAGCAUUGAAUACAAAAGUAGUCCUUGGGUCAAGGCUAUAACUUGGUACAGUGCUUCCUUUGCAUGCAUGAAGCCUUAGCAUCAUAUGUAGCCUGGCUUAGUGGUACAUGUCUAUAAUUCCAGCACUUGGGAAGCAGAGGUAGGAGGAUCAGGAGUUCAAAGUCAUCCCUGGCUACAUAAUUACAUACAUACAUAGGUAGCCCAGUGGGGUCAUGUUUCAUACAGAGCUGUUUAGGGACGGAUAUGGUCCUCGAGUGGCCAUAUGCACUGGCAGCAUCCUCUGAAUUGUUCCAGAGCAAAAACCUGAGCUGUACAAUCAGAUGGAUUCAUUCAUUUGAAUAAUCAUUUUAAUCAGAAAUCAAACAAGUUGUGGUAGGAGAAUGAAAGGUUUUUGAUUAAUGACCACACAUCCUGUGAAACCAUGUAUAACAUUUAGCGAGCAGAGAUUUUAAACCUCAGGUAUGUGGAGUCAUGUGAUUAUCUUAGUGUUCUGUUGCUGCCCAGACAAGUUACUACAAAUGCAUAAAUGCAAAGGCUUUUAGACAACGUGAGCGAUAAAUAAUGCCUAGUUUAAAAAAAAAUCAGAUGUUAACCUACUGACAAAUUAUACAUAUAACUAGCUCAAGGAAUAUAUGUCUAGGCAA